AUGGCGUCCGAUCUCUCAACAAAAGCUAAAGAAGCAUACAUCGACGAUCACUUUGAACUCGCCGUUGACCUGUACUCUCAAGCCAUUGCUGUUACUCCUAAUAAUCCCGAACUUUUCGCUGACCGUGCUCAAGCUAAUAUCAAACUCCACAACUUCACCGAAGCUGUUACUGAUGCAAACACGGCGAUUGAGUUAGAUCCAUCAACGGCAAAAGCAUAUAUGCGCAAGGGUUUGGCCUGUAUGGAACUUGAAGAGUACCAAACUGCGAAGGCAGCUCUGGAAACUGGUGCUUCUUUAGCACCAGGAGAAUCAAGAUUCACUAGCUUAAUCAAAGAAUGUGAUGAACACAUUGCAGGGAAAGCUGGAGAAUUGCCUAAGCAUGCAACAGUUGAAACCUCAGCAAGUGUUGUCCCUCCUGCUGAAUCAAAGUCACUGGAUAAUGUUGCUGCUGUUACAAAAGAUACUCAACUGGCUUAUAAAUCCUGUGAAAGAACACCUGCUGUCAAACCAAAAUACAGGCAUGAAUUCUAUCAGAAACCAGACGAGGUGGUGGUAACCAUAUUUGCCAAGGGUAUACCUGCCAAGAAUGUUUCAGUUGACUUUGGCGAACAAAUACUUAGUGUUAGCAUUGAUAUACCAGGCGAAGUUGCAUACUCUUUCCAGCCUAGGUUGUUCGGUAAGAUAAUACCUCAAAAAUGCAGAUAUGAAGUUAUGUCUACCAAAUUUGAGAUUCGCCUUGCUAAAGCUGAAUCUGUACACUGGACAACCCUUGAGUAUACUAGGGAUAUUGCUGUAGUACAGAGGCCAAAUGUGUCAUCAGGCAGCUAUAAGCCUAGCUACCCUUCCUCUAAAUUGAGAUGCAAGGAUUGGGAUAAACUAGAGGCUCAAGUGAAAAAGGAGGAAAAAGAAGAAAAACUGGAUGGAGAUGCAGCAUUGAACAAAUUUUUCCGAGAUAUUUACAAAGAUGCUGAUGAGGAUGCAAGAAGAGCUAUGAUGAAAUCAUUUGUGGAAUCAAAUGGGACUGUUCUGUCCACAAACUGGAAAGAGGUUGGUACUAAGAAGGUGGAAGGAAGCCCUCCAGAUGGCAUGGAGCUGAAGCAAUGGGAAUACUAGAAAAUGUAGCUCCUCUUUAUCUUUUGCGACCAUUUCCUGCAUUUCCUUUUUUCUCUUCAUUCUUGGUACUUGGUUGUCGUAGAGCUUGUCCAUAGUUUCUAAUGUAAGAUGGACAGAUUGAAGUUUGAAAUUUUUAAUCUAUGCUGUGGAUAUUUGAUCUA